AAGCUGUCUGCGCAUGCGCUCCUCUCCUGGCUCUGCCCCUCCACUCCCGCCACUAUGGCGGAGGCGGUUCCUGCACUCCAGUUUCGGCCGGUUACACACUUGAUAUUUGACAUGGAUGGAUUGCUUCUGAAUACUGAAGAUUUAUAUACCGAGGUGUUUCAAGAAAUAUGUGAUCGCUAUGGGAAGAAAUACACUUGGGAUGUCAAGUCCCAGGUCAUGGGGAAGAAGGCUCUCGAAACCGCCGAGAUCAUAGUGCAGUCCCUGCAGCUGCCCAUAACCAAAGAAGAACUAUUGGAACAAAGCCAAGCGAAGCUGAAGGAGGUGUUGCCCACAGCUUCCCUCAUGCCAGGAGCUAAUGAUUUGAUUCACCACCUACAGAAAAAGCACCUACCCUUUGCCCUGGCCAGCAGCUCCGCGUCCUUCACCUUCCAAAUGAAGACCAGUAGACACAAGGAGAUCUUUGGUUUGUUCCAUCACAUCGUUCUGGGAGAUGAUCCCGAGGUAGCGAAGGGCAAGCCAGCCCCAGACAUAUUUCUUACCUGUGCCAAGAGGUUCUCUCCUCCCCCGGCUCCAGAAAACUGCCUCGUCUUUGAAGAUUCACCAAAUGGUGUGGAGGCAGCCGUGGCCUGUGGGAUGCAGGUGGUCAUGGUUCCUGAUCAACACUUGAGCACAGACCUGACAAAAAAAGCCACCCUGGUGCUGGGUUCCCUACAGGACUUCCAGCCUCAGCUGUUUGGUCUGCCUGCCUAUGACUGAGGGUAAAGGGUGAACGUGCUGCUGUGGGCCUCGUGGAACCCAAGACUGGUUUAUGACCCACAUUGCUGAGGGGAAAAGUUAGAAAAAGCAAGAGCAUCCAGAUUGUAACCUUCAUAGUCCCUGCAGGCUAUAAAGUUGUCUGUUCCAUUA